GCCAUUACCCUUUGAAUUGUUGCUGUGUCGGUUCCUUCGUCCGCAUUUUGCUUCUCUUCAAUCCUCAGUUGACUGCUCAUGUACUUAUUUGGAUAAAGAUACCACUUGUAGCUCAGUUCAUCAGAGCCUGAGCCAGCUUGAGUAAUCGACAGCGCCACCAGCCAGACACCUUAAUUUUGCUCUUGACUGGUCUUGAACCCGGUCUCACACAAAUGGCGACCAAAGCAACUGCUGAAAAUCCUUUAUCGGAAUUUGUACGCCUUUCCUCGUCGAUCUACAUCAAAGAACCGACGGGCACAUUGGGGAGUGAUAGUGCUAUUCCAUCCACUAUUGUGCUGUCUUCUUGGAUGAAUGCUCCUCCCCGAGCUUUUAUCAAAUUCGUCAAGGAAUACGCUCGUCUUGCGCCAAACUCGCGGAUUAUUUUCAUCCUCAACACUUCUUCUCAUAUCUUUUUGCGCGAGGCUCGCCAGCGCUCGCGUUUGAUGCCUGUCGUUGAGGCUGUCCGCAACACCGCAUCCCCACGCGAACCUGUAUUUCUACACAUCUUCUCCAAUGGAGGAAGCUUGGCCGCGACGCACCUGGUCAAGACAUACCGUCAAGUGACAGGUUCAUCCCUGAUCGUCCCUUCGAUGGUCAUCGACAGCGCGCCUGGGAGAGCCACUAUCCGCACAAGUGCCAAGGCAUUGUCCUAUGCUCUGCCAAAGCACCCCAUUCUGCAUCGCCUCUGUCUGAGCAUCGUCUAUGCCUUUCUGAUUGGCAACUGGUUUCUUAACAAAGUCUUCCGACAGCCAGACGUUAUCGAGUUAACACGCCAGGCACUCAACGACGCAAGCCUUUUUGGCGUCUCAGGGGAUAUCAAGCGAAGAUGCUAUAUAUAUUCGGAUGAAGAUGAAUUAAUCAAGUCAUCGGACGUGGAGGAACAUGCCAGCGAAGCUGAGGCAAGUGGCUGGAUUGUUGAGAGGGCCAAAUUCCAUGGCAGCGCCCACGUGGCGCACAUGCGGACAGACCCUCAGAAGUACUGGGUCAUUAUUGAGAGAUACUUGCGGUACAGUGUGGAUGGUGAAUCUGAAAAAUCAAAAGAGGAGUUAGUCCAGUGACAGGACGGAACAUAAGUGAAGUCCAUGUACAUACGCUCUUCAGUGUACAUACAUACUUAAAACAUCUGUGGACUGGGUGGACUAAUGCUUUUCUGACUAUGCCAAGUGCAGAGGUAGAGACAUCGUCUCUUUUGUUUUAGAUUCGUUAAACCUGCAG